AUGUCGUCCUGCGAAAAGUGCAAAAGCGGCUUCAACUGGAACGGCACGCCGAACGGCUCCGAGUCCAAGAUCGCAGGCAGCAAAGCCUACGUAACAGGCGACAACAAAGAUGCCGCCGUCAUGAUCAUCCACGACAUUUUUGGUUGGACGUUUCCCAACCUGAGACUGUUGGCAGACCACUUUGCGAAAGAAGCAAACGUCACCGUCUAUCUCCCGGACUUCUUCGACGGCGAGGUCAUCCCUCCGGAGACCCUCACCAACCCAGCAAAGCGCGAAAAGUUCUCCGUGCCAGACUUCAUCGGCCGACACGGCAAGGACACGCGCUUCCCUGAGAUUUUGGAGGUGGCGAAGGCCCUAAAGGCGAAGUACAAGAAAACUGCCGCCAUUGGGUACUGCUGGGGUGCUUGGGCGUGCUUCCGACUCGGCGCGGAUCCGUCUCUGGUUGAUGCGAUUAGCAUGGCGCAUCCUUCGCUUGUGGAGCAGACUGAGAUCGACAAUGUGAAGGUGCCUGUGCAGAUUCUCGCUCCGGAGCACGACCAGAUGUUUACGCCUGAGCUGAAGGAGUACGCAAACAAGGUUAUUCCGACCAUUGGUGUGCCGUAUGAGUACGUUUACUUCCCUGGACUGACGCAUGGGUUUGCCGCGAAGGGUGAUCAGAAUGAUCCGAAGCAGAAGGAUGGACUGGAGAGGGCGAAGAACUCGGCUGUUAGUUAUUUCAAAGAGUUCCUGCACUCUUCUUAG